CGCCGCCUUCCCUCAUUUUCUCUCUCUCGCAGUCGGUUCACGGCCGGUUUGAUCUUUCAUUCCUCUCUUUCUCUCUCUCUCGCAAUCGCACAACCCGUCCUCCGUUGACCAGAACCACCACUCCAGUCGCCGCGGCCCUUGAUCGUUUAGACCGUCAGUUCGCUCAUUCAGUCCGUGCACCCACGUUCUUAUCAGACGCUGCUUUGAUUUCAAGGGAGUUCUUUUCUGCUAAUCUCUUCUGCUAUCUGUGACAAUUGAUUGAUUCUUGUCGAUUAUUGUCUCGAUAAUAUUUGAGAUUUCUUGAAAUUGUGCAAAUUUGGAUUUGGGUGAUUAUCUUGGAGUUUAUUUUUAAAAAUUGAUGAAUGGAUGAUUGGGAAUGAUCAUGUGGUGUGAAAUUGUCGAUUGCACAUUGAAUACAUAUUUGAGAUUGAUGUUUGGUGUCGGGUAUAAUUGCUAGUGCAAAUGUUUUGUGGAAUUUAUAGAGGAAUUGUAAUUUUUUUUGUUGAAUUCUUUUGCGUGAAGGCACGAUGGGCAAGGUGCAAGAGUUGGAUCCCUCAUACUGCCCCAACCCGUGCGAGUGUCGGGUCUCCUUCUCAGUGGCCGGUCGCCCCGACCUAUUCCAGGGAAGUUUAUUUUCUUUGCCACUUUCGUUUCAUCUUUAUUUUUGCAAUAGGGUCAUUGCUUCAAUUAGGUGUGGGGGGAGAUUAGAACUUUUGAUGCGAUAUAAUGCUUUAUUUUGAUAACUUCCCCACAUGUCCUCUUGUGUAUUUUGAGCCGAUCUUGUUGUGCUUACUUAGUUCAUUAGGAUCUUGCCGUGUUUGUUGAUGAAAUUAGAUGAUGAGUGUGCUUAGCCUUCUAACAAAGAACUCUUAAGUGAGUUAUUUGAGCCUUAUUUGAGUACAUUCACUCAGACAUAUCAUAUAUGCUCAAUUUUUCUUGGAUUGAGUGAACAUAUGUUGUAUUUGACUACCUAGAACUUGCUUGCUUAUGCUUAUUGACUCCGUGUUUAUUGAGAAUUGAUGGGAUUAAAAUGAUAAGGCACUAGGAUUACCCUUGUUGGCCUUAAGUUCACAUCUUCACCUAUAUUAUCCCCUACUGAACCAAGUUUGAGCUUGAUGUUAUUAUCUUAUUUUUCUUGGUUUAUAUUUAACCCCCAAGCCGCUAAGCCCUUUUAUUGGAUUAAGCCAAACGCUUACUUGAACCUAUGGGAACUUGAGGGAUUGUUCUUUGAUUCAUUACAUUAGAUUAUUUAGAGUUGCAUUCAUUAUAAGAUAUUAUUCUGAAGUUUUACUUGAAAGUAUUCAUAUUGUGGCACGGUUAUAAAUUCAUAUAUAUUUUUGCCAAAAGUAUCUCAUUAUCUUGCCCCUUAAAAUAAUAAUAAUAAUAAUGAAAAGGGGCUGAAAAAAAAAAGUAUUCCGAGUCCUAAAAAAAAGAAUAAAAAAAAGGAUUCAUGUAAAAGAAAGAAAGUAUGUUCUUGUAUUGCAUUGAUUAUCGCUUGUAAAGUGCAGUGUUGUUUGAUUUUUGUUCAUUCAUGUAUGCAACUUGCGCUCAUUGUGAUGUGAUGAAUUGAUAGAUUAAUUUCUCGGUCCUAUGAGCCAUUAAUAACCUAUUUCCUACCCCAACCAUGGCCCCAUUACAACCUUCAAAUAAGACAUUUGUAUCUCAAAAGUCACCCAAAACAUAAUAAAAUAUCAUUACAAUACAACACAUAUCAAUUCCCCCACACCUAAUCCAUGCUUUUUCUCAAGCAUAUGUCCAAACCAAGAAUUCAGAUACUCACUAGCACAAAAGUCACUUCGCCGUGUUAUCAAUUACGUCAGAUUCAAAGCAUGCAAGAACCAACUAACCUCACCAAAUGUGGAAUGUAUACAACGUAAAGCUCUCACCCUCAUGUUUUUAGGCUAUAUUCACUCAAUGCACAUGAACUAAACGACGAACCCCAUAGGCUUGCAAGCAAAUCAAAUCAACUCCACAAUUCCUCAAGAAAUUAACGUUCAUAAAAAGGCCCUCUGGGGUGAGGCAAUAUAAAAAGUAUUUCAGAUUUAAUUGCAAAAGGGAUCUAUUUAAAAGGGGAUCUUGGGAUGGAGAAUAAAGAGACGAUUUGCAAUUGAAGACGGGAAGAGAAACAGACUACCACGUUCUACCACGACACCAUAUUUCUUGAAAGGAAUAAGGGAGAAAGAAGAGCACGGAAGAUAGGAGAACUUGGAAGAGGAUUGUAGACGAUUUUUUGGGGCAUUCUUCUUCUUUUUCGAUUUCAAAAUUGAAGGAAUGAUGAACUUCUUUAUUUGUUUUGUGUUUUCAAUUUCUAUGAAUUUCGAGUAAUUUCAUUUCUAGCAUAGGUGUAAAUUGAUGUUUGGGAUUGAAUUUGUGAGAUUUAAUUUUGUUUAAUUUGGUGUUCAUCGAUAUCGGGUAUUUCUAAUUCUUCUAAUUUAUAAGUUUAGAAAUCUUAAAUUGAUUAUUGUGCACAUAUUGAUUUGAGAUUUCAUAGCUAAAUUGGAGAUUGACACACGUAAUUGUGUAAUUUUUCAAUUGGUGUAGCAACUUAGAGGAAUACUCUAGGAAAGAAUAAUAAUCAAUUUUAAACACAUCCGCGUAGGAAUUUUUUUAUAUUGAAUUGGGUCUUUCUAGUACUUAAAGUUGUCGAAUCAGUAAAACUAUGGUUGUACUUAGGAUUCUCACUCGAUUAGGGAAAUAGCUAACGGUUGUACCUUACCUAUCGACAAAGUUAGGAAAUGUUGGUUGUGAACGCGUGUAGAUCAACUAUAACCAAUAUAUCCAACUAGUCAAUGAACUUGAUUUUAAGUCGAUGAACAAAAUUUAUAUCCCGAACAGAAAAUUCAUGUCUAUGCUAGAGUUUAAUCAUCUUUUGUAAUCCACCUUACAUUUUAUUUUAUUUUAUUUAGUUGAACGGAUUUAUUUUCUCUUUAUUUAGUUCGAUAAUCAAAACCCCCCAUUAUAUAUAUAUUAGUAUAAUUAUAUUCAACUGAGUGUUCAAAUCAUUUAUGCUCUUUGCGGAGACGACCCUACUCACCGAACUACUGCAUUUUGCAAAUUUUUUGUGGUGUAGGAACUGAUACUUUAUUUUGAAGCUGUAUGACACGCGUGCAACAAAUGAUCAUUACUCCAAAACUAAUGUAAUAUUUUUUAAGAAACUACAAUUUACAUAGUUUAAGAAGAUACAACCGAUUCGAGAUUUUUGCAACCUCGCAAUUCUAGCAAGGGAAAAUUCAACCAUUUUGAAUCCAUCGAAGUGAUGUUCAAAUGAGUAUGAUUCCAUUUUAACCAAUGGAAAAUCAAUAUGAUAGUUGCUAACUACGAAGUUGUUGCGGCUAUCGUUAGCGCUAUUAGUGAGUUUUUGGGAAAGAAGAAUAACUCUCAUGGUAGAUAUGAAAUAGUGGAAAUUAUGACGAGUUAAAUUCUAAGCGCAACAUUUUUCGUAUUAAAAUAAUUGAGAAUAAAAUAAAAUAAAUAAAUUUAACCAGAUUCCAUUAGGGAUUUAUGAAUUGAUUGAGGGUAUUGUGUUUUUCAAGUCUAUCACACAAUUCUUCUUAAAAAAUAGAUAUUCCGUCUAAAUUUUAGAUCACAACCCUAACAUAUUUAUACAUUAUUAUUAAUUUGCAUCAUCACCCAAUUAAUAAUUUAUCGGAUUUCUGCAUAUAGGAAGCUUGCACUUACUAAAUACAUUUAAUCAAAUAAAAUUAAUAGAUCACUUAAUAUAUACUUAACCUGACUGAUAGUCUACCAAAAGUCUCCCACUUGGUAAAUGUGUAUCAUAUAACCUUAUGAGCUCAUAAAAAAUUUUUGCUAUAAGAUGUUUUAGUGCAUUUUACAAAUUUUAUUUUCAAUCACAUUAAUGUCGGAUCAAAGCUUUCAUUACUUGAUUUAUCGGAAUUAGACCGUCAAUGAUCAAUACAUUAAUAUAACUUAAGAUUCGAACAAGUGUGGAUGCACAACGUGGAAAUUUCAUGUAAUGUAAUCUUAACAUGUUUAUUUCCAAUUGAUCCACCUUAACUUUAAUUCAAAAUAAUUUAAUAUUGGAUACUGAAUACUGAACAUCAAAUACUGAAUAUUGAAUAUUGAUCAGUGCAGUUUAAACCAAAAUAACUUCAAUAGCAUUUGAACAUUACUAAUUAGCUCCCCUAAACCAAAAUAUCAUAAUUUGGUUCCAUUUUCAUACGAGGAACAUGCUCAUUAUAGAAGUUGUAUGAAUAUGUUCAAUAAUCAAUUCAUGAUAUGAAGCCACACAAUUAAGUGGACCUGCUAUCAUGGAAAUUGUAUGAAUAUGUUCAAUAAUCAAUUCAUGAUAUGAAGCCACACAAUUAAGCAAAUGACAAUAUUAUUAUCAAAUAAGGUACUAGUUUCAACCUAUUUUGAAUUCUUGAAUGAACAAUAAUAACCAAGUUUGUUCAACAUCGAAAUUGAACAAAAUUUUGUCUAAUGACGAUACCAACAAAAUGUCUCAUCCAAAUCCAAAUAAUAAUCGGUACUUAAUAAUAAUCUAAAUUUUUCAAUAACUACAACUUCAAAUUUCUUGUCAUCACCUAUAUAGAUGUAUAUUUCACUAUCAAUUGAUUUUCGAUAAUAAAGACAAUAUUGCAUAAAGACACUAAUGUGAGUUUUUGCACCAAAAUCCACCCAUCAAGUGUGCCUAUGAUAUGAAAUUAUAUUAAUUUCAGGACAAACAAAAGUAAGUUUUAAUGGAAGUGUACUAAUUUCUUUGUUUUUUACUUCCAACAAACUUCUCAAUAUGCUCAAAGAACUCUUUGACAUUCAAAGUUUAGGCAUAGUACCCGUAAAUAUUUCUGGAAUGUUUUUAUUUAUAAUCAUCAUGCUGGCUUCUUUUAACUUUCAAACAACUACAUUUUAUCAGUAGUGCUUUCCAAUGUAAAACGAGUAGAUUUAUCUAUUCUUAAUGUCGAGUUAAGAUCUAUAUAACCCAAAUGAAUCAUAUUGAUUCUAUUUUCAGUGUUUAAAUUUGUUCCAAGACUGUGUUAGAAUUGGGAAAAUAUAUACAUAAAUAUAAAAGUGGAACCAAAUUAUGAUAUUUUGAUUUAGGGGAGCUAAUUAGUAAUGUUCAAAUGCUAUUGAAGUUAUUUUGGCUUAGAUUGCAGUGGUCAAUAUUCAAUAUUCGAUGUUCAGUAUUCAAUGUUCAGUUUUAAGUAUUCAAUAUUCAGAUUAAGUUUGUAUUAAAUGACACUACCAAAAAAAAGAGGCUUUCAUUACGGAAGGAAGAUUCGUAACAAUAUCGUCGUAAUAAAAAGUGGUUUCUGUUAUGAAUUUUAUCGUGACAAAAGUAAUUUUUAUUAGUCAACGUCUUUUUUUAGUUAUUACGAUAAAUGUUUCGUAAAAAAUACAAAUAUGGCAAAAAAUAUCGUAAAUACAAUAAUUACGACUUUAUUCUGUAACAAAUGGAAAUGUAUUUUUAUAUUUUUUUAAUAAAAAAUUAAAAAUUAAAAAAAUAAUCAAACUCCAAAUAUUGAAAAUGAUUUUUAUAAUAAAUUGAAUGUAAAAUAAAUAUAAAUAAAAAUUUAUAUUUAAUUAAUUAUAUAUAUAUAAUUUAUUACAAUAUAUAAUAAAUAAGUAAAAACAUAUUGCACUUCCUACCAGCCGCCCUCCCCCUCUAUUGAAAAGGUAUUUGUAACAAAUUGAAUGUAAAAUAAAUAUAAAUAAAGAUUUAUUAUUAAUUAAUUAUAUUUAUAAAAAAUUUUAAGAAUAAAAUAUAUAUAAUAAAUAUCUAAUUAGUAAACCGUACCCACACCCGCCACCCUCCCCCUUUCUUCUCCAACGCGAAGUAAAAUCCUUCUUCAUCUUCUUCUUCUCUUCUGCAAACUUGCUCAGCCGCCGGCGCCCCUCUAGGUUAAAAAUCGAUAAUAUAAUAACAUUUUUCUCAUAUUUGUAUACAAUUGAUUUUUCUUCCGUUUGCAGUUUCAUCUGCCUUGGUCGCUGGUCGAUUUCUCCCCGCCGCAGUGUCCCGUUGAAGUGAGGGCUUUUGGAACACGUCUCCGGCGUCGACCCAUCAGGAUAUUAAAUUGUGGAGACAAAGACGUGCAGUGUGAAUUCAGGAUAAGCAGACUUGAGUUUAACGGAAGGUUAUGGCAAAAACUCAACGAGGUACCGUAGGAGGGUCCCAAGAUCCGACUGGCUCACCUGUAAGACGUGUUACCAGGGCAUCCGCAGGCAACAGCCCCGUAGAUGGAACUAAUGUAGCUAGCAGGAACCCAUCACCUGUGCGAAAAACGGCAAAAGAAAUGACAAAACGAAAGGGAACGCGGGUCUCACCAUUGCUCCGGCAAGUUCGCUCCAUCAUAUCAGAGUGGGAGAAAGAGGGCAAUAUUCAUGCUCCCACCAAAUCAAUGACAUCGUCCGCUCGAUGGGCAGUCCGUCAGGAUUUGCAGGGGCCUGCAGAGGAACAUAAUGCUAGGGAUAUCUCAGCUUCCCUUGAGCCAAAUGUAGCCAUGCAGGAUGAGGAUGAGACAAUACCCCACAUACAAGUAGAUGACGAGACAAUCCCACCGACGCAAGACAUGGAGACUGCGGAGAGUGACAUGCCGUUCCUGGGUGGGGAAUUGGGGCCCGACCUUAUGGCCAUGGAAGACACAGAGGCGGGCGAUAUGGCACACUUGGAUGGGAUAACAUCAUAUGGCGUUGGUUCCUCGAAGAAGAAACAGGGAAGGGGGUAGCGAGAAUGCCAUAUGGAUAGGGAAAAGAUCACAAGAUGCUUGUAUUUACAUCGCCGGAUGGCAAAAGCAUUGUUGGACCUGACGUAAACGAGUAUAAGACCGCUAUUGGGGUGAUUGCGCGCAAUGGAGCUCGACUUCCUCUGCAUUACCCGACGUUUGCCGAAAUACCGGAGACAAAGAGACAGGGUGCAUGGAUGGAGGUUCAGAGCAACAACGGAUUUACCAAACUCAGCAGAGAAAGUGGUCUUGGCUGACUUACGGGAGGUUUGGAGGCAUUGGAAAUACAGCAUCAAAUCAACUUACUGCAACCCAAUCCAGGAUGACAACGAAGCAUUGAAGAAGGUUCCUUCAAGCAGGAUUGUGGCCGAUCAAUGGCCGAAGUUGGUCGAGUACUGGCAGGACAAAAAAGUUAAGAAAAGAAGCUUCCCGCAUCGUACUGGGCGGAAGUCCUUCACGACUCUCACUGAGGAGAUCAAGGCGAAGGGGAAGGACCCCGACAGUUUAGAGAUAUGGAUAUCCAGUCGGACACAAGGCAAGGGAACAGACAAUCAAAAAACUGAAGAGAUAUUGACAUAUUUGCAGAAUGAGCUAAACAAAAUUCCGCCGGAAGGGCAGACUCCGGCUGUUCGGGAGACUCUUUACCAACGGGCUCUUGGGGGAAAGACCAAAAAAUGCUCAAAGGUUGACAGUGCCGCCAGUUCAGCUCAUCCCCGCAGUGAGGCAACUGGUUUAACAGAUACUAUAGCAUUCCAGCAAGGGUGGGAAGAAAUGCAGAGCGGAUUUGCAGAGUUCAAGGAAAUGAUGGCUGAGUUCAAAACCAUCAAAGCUAAUGUGUAUGCAUUCAUGCACAGAAACUCCGGAGCAAUUAGUGGCCCAUCUGCCACAGUUCGUAUUGAUACGGUCUCUAAGCUUCUUAGGCCCGUCUCUAAAUCAUCUAUGACGGUUGGCACCCGUGUGCUUAUAUUAUCUCGUACCAGAGAGAAGAAAGUUGUUGCUGAGGGACUUCUGCUCAGCCCCCCUGCACCAGGUGACACACUUUCCCUGGUCAAGGUUUUUGUUACAUCUACCGCAGUCCCGGACACACCCCUUAUUUUGCCGACAAUUGCUGGCGCGACUACCUUUUGCGAGGUGGUCGAUGAAGAUCCUAUUGAGUGGAACUAUAAGGAUCUCAUGCGCCACCCCUGAAGCAUAUCGACCGGUUCUUUUAUGUUUUAUCUCUAUUUGCAUUAUCAAUUGCAUGUUGUGGAUGUGUUUGGAUGGUAGGUUCUUAUGGAUAUGUGAAAUACCUAUGGAAUAGAUGCAUAGACAUUUGGAUGUAUAUUUUGUGUGGUAAGAAUUGUUGCUAUGGAUUGAUGGAUCUCCCCACUUGCUUAUUACUAGGUUGGAUGUUUGAAAUGCUUGUGUUUGAUGGAACAUAAUGUCGAAGUGGAGAUGUUGCUAGCCUUGUUCGAUUGGUUAAUUUACUUUGUUGUUUGCUGGAGGACAUCGACUAGUAAAUAUUGUUAUGUUAGU